UUUUUUAAUAAAUAAUUUUUGACAUAUUUGUCAUAAAAAUUUAAUUUAUUCCAACUCAAAAUUCCAGUGAAAAUAAAAACGUUUUAAUCGAAAAAUUAUGGUAAAAUCUCAAUUUAAACAUGUCCAAAGACAUAGACACCACCCCAUCAGAAGAAUUAGCACUCGCCUCGAAAGGUUACAAGCUUUUAAAAAAACUAGGUGAGGGGUCGUACGCAAAAGUGUAUUUGACCGAUUUUAGAAAUCCCAAAGAAAAUAAAAGUUUACAAUUGGCUUGUAAAGUGGUUGAUACAUCGGUUGCCCCGAAAGAUUUUGUCAAAAAAUUUCUUCCUCGAGAGUUAGAUAUUUUAAUAAAAUUGAAUCACCCCCAUAUAGUGCACAUCCAAAAUAUUUUUCAACGUCGAUCGAAAUAUUUCGUUUUUAUGCGUUUUGCGGAAAAUGGUGAUUUGUUAGAAUUUAUUUUAAAGAAGGGUGCCAUUUCCGAAGCUCAAGCUAGGGUAUGGCUAAGACAAUUAGCGUUGGGUAUUCAAUAUUUACACGAAAUGGAUGUGGCACAUCGCGAUUUAAAAUGCGAGAAUGCUUUGAUUACAUCGAAUUACAACGUUAAAAUUGCAGAUUUUGGUUUUGCGAGAUAUGUAGUUGAUGGGAGUGGUAAAAAAAUAACCAGCGAUACUUAUUGUGGUUCGUUAUCUUACGCAGCCCCCGAAAUCCUUCGUGGUAUCCCAUAUCACCCUAAAAUAGCUGAUUUAUGGUCUGUGGGGGUUAUUCUUUAUAUUAUGCUUAAUAAAGCAAUGCCGUUUGAUGACGGAAAUAUUAAGAGAUUAUACGAACAACAAACAAAUAAAAGGUGGAGAUUUCGCGCUAAAGUCGUUGAUUUAUUAAGCGAUCAAGUUAAAAAGUUAACAGCUUGUUUACUCGAGCCCGAUAUAAAUAAACGAUAUCGAGUUGAUCAGGUUUUAACAUCCGAGUGGAUCGCUAUGGAUCCAAGAUUAUUGGAGUUAUCAUCCCCCGAACAGCAAGCGUUACAAGCAGCGCAAGAAGAAAGAAAGAAGCACCAAGAAUCCGGGGUUAAAGCAUUAUCAUCUUUACCGAAAACUAAGAAAGGAAAACCGGGAUCUAUUGAGGAAAUUAGUAUUGGGGGCGAUGUCAGAAAAACGAGUACUUACGGAUUAACCGAUAAACAAUUAUUAACUGGGGAAUAAUUAAAUAUUUAAAUUGGGAUUAAAUAAUUUUUCUUUACUUAAAA